AUGGAUGGAGUUGGCACACUGGUUGGCACGCUGACAAGAGUUACCGGAGGUGAACUGUUUGAAGACAUAGUGGCAAGAGAAUACUACAGUGAAGCUGAUGCCAGUCAUUGCAUUCAGCAGAUCCUGGAGGCUGUGCUACACUGCCAUCAGAUGGGCGUGGUCCAUCGGGACCUGAAGCCUGAGAAUUUGCUUUUAGCUAGCAAAUCCAAGGGAGCAGCUGUGAAAUUGGCAGACUUUGGCUUAGCCAUAGAAGUUCAAGGGGACCAGCAGGCGUGGUUUGGUUUUGCUGGCACACCUGGAUAUCUUUCUCCAGAAGUUUUACGUAAAGAUCCUUAUGGAAAGCCAGUGGAUAUGUGGGCAUGUGGUGUCAUUCUCUAUAUUCUACUUGUGGGGUAUCCACCCUUCUGGGAUGAAGACCAACACAGACUCUAUCAGCAGAUCAAGGCUGGAGCUUAUGAUUUUCCAUCACCGGAAUGGGACACGGUAACUCCUGAAGCCAAAGACCUCAUCAAUAAAAUGCUUACUAUCAACCCUGCCAAACGUAUCACAGCCUCAGAGGCACUGAAGCACCCAUGGAUCUGUCAACGUUCUACUGUUGCUUCCAUGAUGCACAGACAGGAGACUGUAGACUGCUUGAAGAAAUUUAAUGCUAGAAGAAAACUAAAGGGUGCCAUCUUGACAACUAUGCUGGCUACAAGAAAUUUCUCAGCAGCCAAGAGUUUGUUGAAGAAACCAGAUGGAGUAAAGAUAAACAACAAAGCCAACGUGGUAACCAGCCCCAAAGAAAAUAUUCCUACCCCGGCGCUGGAGCCCCAAACUACUGUAAUCCACAACCCUGAUGGAAACAAGGAGUCAACUGAGAGUUCAAAUACAACAAUUGAGGAUGAAGAUGUGAAAGCACGAAAGCAAGAGAUUAUCAAAGUCACCGAACAACUCAUUGAAGCUAUCAACAACGGGGACUUUGAAGCCUACACAAAAAUCUGUGACCCAGGCCUUACUGCUUUUGAACCUGAAGCUCUGGGUAAUUUAGUGGAAGGGAUGGAUUUUCACCGAUUCUACUUCGAAAAUGCUUUGUCCAAAAGCAAUAAACCAAUCCACACUAUUAUUCUAAACCCUCAUGUACAUCUGGUAGGGGAUGAUGCCGCCUGCAUAGCGUAUAUUAGGCUCACACAGUACAUGGAUGGCAGUGGAAUGCCAAAGACAAUGCAGUCAGAAGAGACUCGUGUGUGGCACCGUCGGGAUGGAAAGUGGCAGAAUGUUCAUUUUCAUCGCUCGGGGUCACCAACAGUACCCAUCAACUAAAUAUCAACAGUGCCACUUCUGCAUUCUCUGUUCUCAAGGCACCUGGAUGGUGACCCUGGGCCGUCCUCUCCUCCUCUUCAUGCAUGUUUCUGAGUGCAUGAAGUUGUGAAGGUCCUACAUGUAAUGCAUAUGUGAUGCAUCAUCUUAUCAUAUAUUCCUUCCUAUACAUUGUUUACACUUCAACUACGGGGAUGUUCCGUGCAAACUUAAAUUACUGUUGGCAAAACAAUAGGGGGAGAUUAGACAAAAAGAAAAAAUCCACAAUAUUCCAAGUACAACUCUUCAUCAAGUUUCUCUGUUAAUGCCAAGAUUUAACAGACUUAAGAACUAUUGUUCUCUGAAUGACAGUUUGUAAGAGAAAUGUAAAUUUUUUAGAACUCUUUGCUGUUAAUCUGUUUUGGCUUGUUUGGUUUUUUUGGGUUUUUUUGUUUUUGUUUUUGUUUUUUUUAAGGUAAAAAAUAUACCUUCAGUUUCCUGGUGUGAUCCUGGUUAAAAUGGAUGAUUUUUCAUGGGAAGUUUUGCUGAUUAACAAUUAAAGUGGGUUGAUAUGUGGGCAAAAUCACUUAUGAAAGUAGAAUCAAGAAUCAGUUGGUUUGCUACCACAUAAAGCCAUGCUCUUUUUGGUCAAACUGUGUAAACUGGAAAAAUUCACAUCAUUUCUGAGUUUAAUCACUUUAGGAUAUAUUCACAUUGUUUUGGUGGAUUUGCUGAAUUGAAUUGUUUUUCUUUCUCGAAUCUGUGAUCUCUUUUCUUUAUCCUGUUUCUUUGUUCCUUUCGUUUGCUUCCUUUUUUAUUUUUCUUUUGUUCCAUUAUUUUCUUACUUUCUUCCCUUUUCCUUUUUUGAGGAGGCCGGCUAGUAGUGUGUGAGAAAAGAAAAAAAGUGAAAUUUGCAUAAUGAAGGUAAAAAGGAAAUAAAAGCCUUUUGAAGGUGGCUCAACUAGCACUUUUGAUCAUCUUCAGGGCCCACAAAAAUGUUGUCAAGAUUUUAAAGGUUUAUAAUUCUGCUUAAGCUCUACUUUGGACUUAGGUAUCCUAACUAUGUUGGAGGUAUUGUUUAAACUUAGGAUAAAAGCAAGUUCCUCCUGUGACUGCAACGUCUUACUGAUUGGGACAGUUGCCAGGAGGAUACCAAGUUGAUAGCAGAGGGGGUGUUAUGCAAACGCACUCACCUCCGCCUUGGGGAAUGAAAGGGUCACUUCUGCAUCAUCACUCGCUAGUUUUCUAGCGUUAGAGAGGCUUACAAAUGUUUGCCAUUCUCAUACGUGUUUUGAACUUGAUCUUUGUGACUUGUGUUUUUUAGCUUCUCUCUUGAAUCAGAGUAUCGUUACCUUCCUCCAAGGAGUUAGGAUUUUCCAGUUUAAAACAAAAAGGGAAAUAUCCUAGGUUUUCUUUGUGCUUCUCAUUUUUCCUUUGUUGAUUGAAUUCCUGUGAUUUUUUUGUUCUCUUCUCUGAAACGCUUUACAGUGCAUGGAAUCUCCAUCAUUGUUAUUUUAACGGUAGUAAUUCACAGUCCUCAGAAGCCUGUUUUUAAAGCAGAAGCAAAAAAGGAAAACAAAGCAACAAAAACAACCCUUCCUCUUUUCUCUCAUCUCACCUUUCUGUGUUGAUUACUAAUCAUCUUAGAUAUUAUUGCUAGUGGAUGUAUGGUAGAUGGGUUGAAGCUUUUCUGAUAAUUAUUACACAAUUUAAAACAAUAUAUAUUUAAAAUAAAUAUAUACAGUCAAUAUAUUGAGCCAUGUUAACCUGCCAAUGAGAUCUGUGAAAAAAUAAUGGCCUCAUUUUUCCCUUUUUAAUUUCUUUUACCCUUUUGUGAAGCAGCUAUACGUGGCAUACAUGUAUUUAAAGAAAAAAAUAGGUGUAGAGUGUUUUUUUUACACUUUUAGCAUGUGGUGUUGAAGUAUUACUGUAGAUCAAGUUUGUCUUCUGCACUAAGAUGUGAGGAAAUUGUGAUUUGUUCUCUCCACCACAAAUGAAUUACACAUUUAUUAUCUUCUAUCAUUUUGAAACACUGCAGUUUACCAUGGGACACUGUAUAUAUUUCUUGCCAUAAUGGUAAAUGACUGAUUGAUAUAUUUAAGAGUUAAUAAAUUUGUGAUUUCUGCUGACA